AUGCCAGAUGUGGACUUUUGGGGUGACAAUUGGUCUGGUAAUGGACCACUGAUACUCAGAAACUCAGUGAAACCACGGGAGUUUCCAAAAUUAUCCCAAGUGUGUGUGGAUGGUCAGUGGGAACUUGAGGAUGUGUGUGGCCACAUGGAAGCUGACAAGAAGAUAAAAGUGGAAUGCUUGUCGAGGGAGGAAGCGUUGGCUCUGUUUCGGAAGAAGGCAGGUAACAACACUCCAAAUUCUCAUCCAGAUAUAACAAAGCUUGCAGAAAUGGUUGCUAAAGAGUGCAGAGGUUUACCACUUGCUCUCAUCACUGUUGGACGGGCCAUGGCUGGCAGAAAUGAUCCCCGUGGCUGGGAAAGGGCGGUAUCAAAACUGAGGAAAGAUCCAUCGAAGUUUGUGGGCAUGGAUGAAGAUGUAUUUCACGUCCAAAAGUUCAGUUAUGACAGAUUAGAUGAUGAUGUCAUUAAAUCUUGUUUCAUUUAUUGUUGUAUAUACCCAGAGGAUUAUGACAUUGCAACUGAUGACCUCAUAAACCAUGGGAUUGGGGAGAGAAUUCUUGAUGAAUUUGACGAUAUAUAUGAGGCACGCAAUCAAGGACAUGAGAUUAUUGGAAACCUAAAGGGUUUAUGUUUACUGGAGACUGGUGACACUCAAGAGCAUGAUGUGAUCCGUGAUAUGGCUUUGUGGAUUGGUUGUGGGUCUAGUGGAAAGAAAGACAAGAUUUUGGUACUACGACGUGCUGGAUUGAUUGAAGCACAUGGGGUUACUCCAUGGAAGGAGGCAGAAAGGAUAUCAAUGUGGGGAAGUAGUAUUGGAGAUUUCUUUGAGAAACCAUCUUGCCCCAAUAUUUUGACAUUCUUUGUGAGACAUACUACUCUAGGGAAAUUUCCAACUGGGUUCUUCCAAUUUAUGCCUGCCAUAAGGGUAUUGGACUUAUCAUCAAAUUUUCAAUUGAUCGAGUUACCCGUGGGAAUUGAUAAAAUGGUCAUGUUGCAGUAUCUUAAUUUAUCAAAUACGCGGAUCAGGGAGUUGCUUGUUGGGCUCAAGAAUCUUAAAAAAAUGAGAUAUCUGCUACUGAAUGCUACAUAUGGGAUGGAGAUAAUUCCACGGCAGGUAAUUUCGAGUCUUUCAGAGUUGCGGGUGUUUAGUAUAUCUGGUCGUGACUCUUCAUCGGACAUUAUUCUGGAAAAUAAUGUUUUAAGUGGUGGUAGAAAAGCCCUGUUAGAGGAACUGGAGUGCUUGGAACACCUGAAUGACAUAUCCAUCACCGUAUUUGAUAACCUCUCUGUCCAAAAAAUACAAAGCUCCCACAACAUACAGAAGUGCAUAAGUUAUCUAUGCCUUGAGAGAUGUGAGGGUUUGACCUCACUCAGAUUGUCGUCUUCAUCUCUGCAAGGAAUGAAGCAUUUAGAGAGACUUGAUAUGAAUUACUGUGAGAUGGUGUCUCUGAAAAUUUAUAUAGAACUAGAGGGGACGCUGGGAUCCGUACUUGAUACUUUUUAUAUUUCGGAGUUAAUAAAGGACGACUAUUUCCAUAAUCUUCGUGUGUGA